AUGCUGUUGCCCUUGAAAAAGAAAAAGGCGCCAACAACGGAUGAAGAGAACAGUUUAUGCAUAGAGAGCAGCUCCAGAUAUGGCGCAAUACCCACAGCUAGCGCUCAUUCAAGCGACGAGUUUUCACACAGUGAUCCCGAAGAAGGAGAAGGGGGCAGUAGCAGCCAUAGCAGCAUCAAAAAAAGAAAGAAGCGUAGAAUGGAACAGCGACAUUGCUGCAAAAAGAGUAGGCCAAAGAUCUCCAGUAGACUCUCCUCCAUGUUGCACCAUGGUAGUAAAAAGCGACACUCUUCUGACUCUGAGGACAAUCUCCGAGCUACCGAUCUCGUUUUACCUGCUCUUGAUCCCAAUGCCAAAGAAGUCAAGGAAUCCAUCCAAUGCAACAGUUCAUUGGAUCAACUGCUUAUGCGUCAACAGCAAAUUAAUCUAAGCACUGUGCGUGCAAAUUACAGGGUUGAGAAGAGAAAAGCUCGACAUCAUGUACAAAAGAAAUCAUUCAAGGACCAUGUCAGAAUGUUUUUAGAGACAAACUCAGUGGUGUUGUUUAUACGCAAUUUGUUAUUUGCUAAAAAGACGAUUAUUCUGUUUGUCCAUCUCGAUUUAUUGGUCGAUCUGUUGUUUUGCCUUGCAUAUCUCGUUGAGAUGAAGCAAGAGUCAGAUGUUAAUUUAGAUCCAUUUUGGCUUUACAAGUGGAGAUCUUAUGACUUGUGGCUUGUCUGUUUGGCUCUGUCGUAUUGGGAUUUGGGCUCAUUUGCUAUCCGUAAGUGGAAUUUCCGUUUCAUGCAAAUAAUAGUGGCUUACGUUACCGCAGGUUUCUUUAUUUCCAAGCACCCAAUAUCUGUGUUAUUUAGCUUUCGAUGUUUGAUUGAACUCGUCACUACAGUGCCAUUCAUGGUCUCCAUUUACAUACCCCAUGGUCGCUAUCUUUACGUGCCUUAUUUCAUACGAAGCUGGGUGCUCCUCCUCAGGAUCAAGAGUGUGAUGAAGAUCAAGGUUAAUUUGCAGUUAACAGACAAACCGGUGGAUCCACUUCGAACAAAACUGAUCAUUCUGACGUCUACAUUGAUUGUGUUGCUGUUCACAGGUACAUGCGCCUUUCAAUACUCUGAAGUGACAUUUGGCACAAACAACUAUACUAUCUUGGAGUCACUGUACGUUGUCAUGGUUACACUAUCUACAGUGGGUUACGGUGACAUUACGCCAAACACACAAGCUAGUCGCAUUGUUAUGAUGUUAUUGAUUAUCAUUGCAUUGUCGGUUCUCCCGGGUUUAGUAACUGACGUAUCCGACACAUUGAGAAAACGCAAAGAGGGCGAAGGACACGUUAGUAGAGGUAGCACAUCGCCUUUCAUCCUGAUCGUAGGCUCCUUUACACCAGAUCAAGUCGUUGAAAUCUUGGAUGGCUUCUUAAACACAGAAAACACGGAAUACCAUCUCAGUGUUGUGUUUCUCGACAUCAAUCGACCCACAGAGCAACUAAAAGUGAUGGAAAGAAACUCAAUUUGGGGCCAUCGAGUCCAAUUUCUUCAUGGCUCUGUAUUAGACGAAAAGACGCUUUUGAGAGUGGAAGCUAGAUACGCCGAAGCAAUUUUUACUAUCUCUGAUCAAAACGCUUCAGAGCCGUCGAAAGAGGAUGAAAGAAACACGGUGCGAUUAUGGUCUUUGUACUGCCACACAGUCAGCCACAAUGUCCCCAUUUUCACCUACAAUCUGUCACCUAGUACCGCCAUAUACCAAAAAGUAGCAAAGGAGAUCAUUUGUGUCCGCGAAUUCAAGCAGUAUCUUUUGGCUAUGAAUUGUCGUUGUCGUGGUGCGUCUACCUUGCUCACUAAUUUACUGCAUCAAAGACAGCCGAUCAAUCAGUACGAUGAGGGAUGGCAAGCUCAAUUUGAUGAUGGUUCAUGCAAUGAAAUUUACACUGGAAAAGCACCUCUCUGUAUAGAAGAUCUCACAUUUGGGCAAGCAGCAUUGUUUUUGUUUGAAGAAGCGCAGGUCAUCUUAUUUGCCAUCAAGACAUUCAUGGAAGAGAGAAAUGACUAUGAAAUAUUGCUGAACCCUAGCAAUUCCUACAAGAUCAGAAAGACAGAUGAGUGUGUUUAUAUAGCAGAGGGCCCUCGAGAGAUACAAGAAAUCCAAUCUUUGCCCAAGCCAACUCCAACUCAAUUCAACACUGACAGCAGUUUUGUAAGACCCAACAGCAGAGCCACUCAAGACCAUCAGCAUAUGCCAGAGAGUUCUAAAUCAAACGAUUCCACACCAUUGCAACAAUCCACGCACAACCUCUUGGCGGCAACAUUUAACCGACAGCCCUCAUCCGCAUCCACAAGUACAACUCGGUCAUACACAUCACAAAAGAGCGUAAGCAAUGUCUCGUUAAACCAGACAUUUGGCGUCUCCAAAUUGCCUUCAAAGCGACAUGCGCUUCUCACAGGCAGUCGAGCCCUGAUCAAACGCAUAGGCAAGUCUUCUGCGUCAGAAAAGCUGGAAGACGACACAUCGCUGCCCUUGUGCUAUUUAUUGAAUGAACCAGUUCGAUUGGACGAUGUCACUAUCCAAGAUACAGAUGGAAUGAACAAUCAUGUGCUUGUUUGUCUACAUAGAGAAGUCAUCAACAUGUUCAAAUUCAUCUAUAAUCUGCGUUCACCCAAUAUCAAAGCAGAUGAGCUGCAAGAUAUUGUACUGCUGUGCUCAAAGAAGCCUUCGCAAAAGAUAUUUGAACUGAUCAAUACUUUUCCAAAGGUGUAUUUUAUGGAGGGUAAUUGUAGACAUCCAGAUGAUCUUUUGAGAGCAGGUGCUAAACGAGCCAAGCAGAUUGUCGUGAUGAGUGAGAAGGAAUGCUUGGAUCAGUACGAACGCAACUCGGAUAGUCCUGCAGUGAUGGCAAGCCAUAUUCUUGAUUUGCUUUUGCAAGAGAGACCAACGGAUGCUUAUACCAUUGUGAAUUUGAUUGAAAAGUCCAACAUCAAGUUUAUGCAUCUGUUGCAAGGAAAAGACGUUGCCGAAGAAAUCGAUGUAUUCUAUACACCUGCCUACGCAGCAGGCGAUGUUGUUGCAGACAGUCUCAUCAGCAAUGUCUUGCUUAGCCAAACCUACUAUAAGCCUGAUAUUGUUUCCAUCAUCAAGACAUUGUGUGGCAUGCCUGGCCCAUUGUACGAUGGUUCCGCUGCCUACCUGUUAUCAACGACUCCUGAAAUCACAUCGGCUAGUACUGCUGCUCGCCUAGCACCUCACCUCACAAGCAUACGAUUGCCCAUCGAGUUUGUAGGACGUAAUUAUUCAGUCUUGUUCAAAACACUGCUGAUACAAUACGAGGUCUUGGCGAUUGGACUGUAUCGUGCUCCUGGCGAUGAGCUGGGAAAUGAAUUGCCUUUUGUGUAUGCAAAUCCAGUUCCUUCUUUGAUAUUAAAGGAUUCGGACAUGAUCUAUGUCUUUUCUCCACCUGGCUGGGUACUGUAA